AUGAAUCGAAGCGAAAUUGUGGCCAUUACAGGGUUUGGACCCUUCAGACAGUUCUUGGUGAACACGAGCUGGAAAGCAGCCCAGGGUUUGGAGGUAGUCGGGCUGGGAGAGCGGAUUGGUGUUUACAUCAAGGAGUUACCAGUGAGUUAUGUCAAGACUCAGCAAAUCAUUGCUGAUAUCUGGCAGACCCUUAACCCAAAGUUUGCUGUGCAUCUGGGCAUAGCCAGAGGUUCCAGUGUCAUCAUUUUGGAGCAAACGGGGAAGAACAGUAGAUACAGAGACAAAGAUGUGUGUGGCUUGUGUCCUGAGCAUCACUGCUGCGUGGAAGGAGGACCGGAGAAACUGGACUCAGUCAUUAAUAUGAGGAUUGUCUCCAAGCAGUUCAUUCAAGCAGGGAUGGAUGUCAUUUACUCAAGAGAUGCUGGCAGGUACCUGUGCGAUUUUGCAUAUUACUGCUCACUGUAUCAUGGUCAGAGAAGAGCAGCUCUCAUCCAUGUACCAUCAUCUGGCAGCCUGAGCUCAGCUGAAAGACUGGUACCUCUACUGCAGACCCUCAUUCAGGCCAUGCUCAACCAGCUGAAUGACUCGUCCCAAAUGGCAUGACAGGCAGCAGUCACACUGAGCGUUUGAAGAUAUAAGAAAUGGACUGUCGUGGAGACCAUGAUACCAAACCUGAAGGAUCAUCUUAGCAUCCAAAAGAGAGAAAAGAAAAAAAAAAUAGCAGCUUUUUUCUGUACAGACGUCGAGCCAAACUGUAAAAAGGUUUAAAAGAGUGACAAAUCCAAUGGUGUGUAUAAAAAAAGCGGUCCUGCAGUCUAAAAUACAACUGUAAGAGCUUUGUAUUUGAAAUGUAGAGAAACAGACUUUUCUGAAAGAGA